AUGUCUGUCAAAGCGUUCUUACAAGUGGUGAAGAAACAUAUCGGCAGCUCGUCGUUGGAACCUCUUCGGUUCGUUACCGGUAACCAGUCAGCUGAUCUUGACUCGGUCAUCAGUGCCAUCGGCUACUCAUAUUUGAACUAUAAGUAUGACUCCACUGUGUUCAUCCCCCUCAUCAACAUCCCUAGACAAGACUUUAGUCUCAGAAGAGACAUAAAGUUGGUGUUGGAAACCAACGCCAUCACCGAGGACUUGCUCUACUUCAUCGAAGACUUCAAGAAUAUCGCUGGUUCUCGGUCACAGACUGAGAUUACGUUGGUAGACCAUUGCAAUCUCCAAGGAGAAUCGUUGAUUGAAUACUUCCACAACCACCAGAUCAAAGUAACAGGUAUCAUUGACCACCACGCGGACGAGAACGUCUUCUUGGAUGCCAACCCUCGUACUAUAAAGACGUGUGGGUCGUGCUCUUCGCUUGUAUUCAACCACUGGAGCAGCAAGUUUGAAAACCUUGACGUCUUCAAACAGAACUCGGGUGAAAUCGUCAAGUUGUUCACUGCUCCGUUGUUGAUCGACACAAACAACAUGUCGGACAAGGUGGAAGAAGAUGACCGGGUGGCGUUGCAGUUGUACAAGCAAGUCUUGCAACAGGAAGUGACUUUGGCAUCUUUCGACGAGCAUUUCACCAAUUACCACCAAACCAUCAAAAGGGCUAAAAAGAACUUGGACGGCUUCAAGGUCGACCAGGUAUUGAGAAAAGACUACAAACAGUUUAAAUUUGGUGGUAUCAACAUCGGGUUCAGCUCCAUAGGAAAAUCUGCCGAAUGGUUGUUCAAGAGUUACUCCAAUGAGGAGAUUUUGAGUGGACUCAACAAUGUCAUUGAUUUCUUCCACUUGGACAUGGUCAUCGCCACCCCCUCGUACACCGACAAACAGAACCAGUAUAGAAGAGAGUUUAUCGUGGCAUAUCCCGAGACCAGCCAAUUUGAAGAACUUGGUACCCUUGAACCAAGAUGUUCUACAUUAGCACUCGACAAAAAUGUCUACAAUGUCGAAAGUUUUGAAGCCAAACUCGACGAGUUGAACAAGUCCAUCACCGUUAGAGUGUGGAAUCAGACCAACCUAGCAGCUUCCCGAAAACAAAUCGUCCCAGCCGUUAAAGAUAUAUUAGAUAAGUAA